UGGUCCGGAAUCAGCUGGGCGACUGGAAGAAGACGGAGAGCGACCAGAAGUAGAAGAUGGCGAUGACCCACCGGCACAUCACCCUUCUGCACCGCCCGACGAGUUAUUUGACAUUUCGACAACAGUGGAUCCAAGUUACAUAAUAUCUAUGAUAAGAAAAUUGCUUCCUACUGAUGCAAUAAAUAGUCAUGACUCUCAUGGGGUUGGUGCUGGUGGUGGUGAUGCAAAAAUUCAAGGCUCAGUUGUUGAUAAAAUGGAAGAAAAAGAAUUCUUCUUGCAUAAAGACAAGAUUCUGAACUCAAAUGAUGGGUAUGAGAGCAUGGAUAUUGUUUCUGAUUUGGAUAAAUCUGAUCCUCGAGGAGGGGAAGAUGAAAAUUCAUGUCAUAAACUUGAACAGCCGCGGUUAUUGGCAGGGGAGGAGGUAUGGGAAGAGUAUGGCUGUGUGCUGUGGGAUCUUGCUGCCAUUAGAACUCAUGCUGAGAUCAUGGUGCAAAAUCUAAUGCUUGAUGUACUUUUGGCAAACCUUAUGAUUACCGAGUCUGUUCGUGUUACGGAGAUUUGUCUUGGAAUCAUUGGAAAUCUAGCCUGCCAUGAAGUUCUAAUGAAGCACAUAAUCUCUACAAAUGGACUAGUUACCACAAUAGUAGGUCAAUUAUUUUUAGAUGACACCCAAUGCCUCUGUGAAGCUUUCCGGUUGCUAACUUCAGGGCUGCAAAGUAGUGAACGUGCCACAUGGGCAGAGGCAUUGCAGUCUGAAAAUAUCUUAAGUCGUAUCUUGUGGAUUACUGAAAAUACUUUGAACCCUCUCCUUAUAGAAAAGAGUGUUGGACUAAUACUAGCCAUCUUAGAAAGCCAACAGGAAACUGAGACUAUUCUUCUACCAUCAUUGAUGAAGCUUGGUUUACCUAGUCUGUUGGUUAAUCUCCUGGCUUUUGAGAUGAACAAACUGACAAAUGAAAGAAUGCCUGAAAGGUACGCUGUUCUUGAUGUUAUUCUUCGAGCAAUUGAGAACCUUUCUGCUAUAGAUGGUUACUCUCAAGAGAUCUGCUCAAAUAAAGAACUUUUUCAGCUAGUCUGUGACCUGGUCAAAUACCCUGAUAAAGUUGAGGUUGCCAACUCCUGUGUCACUUCUGGAGUGCUAAUUGCAAACAUUCUUUCAGAUGCAUCUGAUCUAGCAGCAGAGAUAGCACAUGAUUUGCCAUUCUUGCAAGGUCUUCUUGAUAUUUUCCCUUUUGCUUCGGAUGAUUUAGAAGCACGGAAAGCACUGUGGAGUGCCAUUGCAAGGCUUCUAGUUAAUGUUCAGGAAGAUGAGAUAAGUGCAUCUGAUCUACGUGAAUAUGUGUCAGUUCUGGUGAGCAGAACUGAUCUAAUUGAAGAUGAUCUUCUCGAUGACCAAGUAGAUGAAAAGAUCAAAGAAAAUGGGGGGUUGGGCAUCUGUGGCCCACAGUCAAAUGCUAGAACUAUAGCUCUUGGAAGGAUCAUCAGUAUACUGAGUCAGUGGAAUGCUUCAAAAGAUCAUGACGAGGGGAAGAAUGAUUUGAUGGGAGAAGAUAAUGGCAAUGGUGGAAAUAUUGGUAGAUUGUUGGAUUGCUGUAGCAAGCACACCAAAGUGAACGCUGAAUAAUCUUUCACAGAUCAACAUUCCUCAAGUAAUCUCUGCACUUGAUGUGCUAUUCUUAAGAAGCAUGCUUCUUAGGCGGCGAUGCAGAUUCUCUUGUUUCCAAUUCAAUGCCCCACAGAGCCAACGGGCAGGAAUCAGCUGCCAGGCACAGAUUUUGGUUGCAACAAUUUCUAAACCACAGAAAGCAAAGCACUCAUAUGCAAUCAACUUGCCC